GGUUUCAGCUGACGUAGUAGUUAUAAUAGUAAUAGUAGUUUAAAUACAAAGACUUUUAUAGUAGCAGUUAUGUUUGUCCAGUGCAUCUGGAGUGUGCUGUGGGUUUGUGGAUGUUUUGCUACGUCUUUAAAUGAAGUAGAGUAUGAUGCAAAUUGUGCAGACAACUACGACAAUGAAAUCUCUAUGGACCAACAAGAAGAAACUCCAUCAGUGGGCCCGUGCCAGGACGACGCCCCCCGCUGGGACAAGCUCUUCAUUGCGCUGGAGGACUCGCACAUGCGUCAGAACAUGCUGCUCUCGGCCGUGGAUCAAAACUGCGGAGGAGGCCUCACACCCAUGAAGACGCUGUGGGAGAAACUCGCCAAAGGGGGCUGCCAUCUUUGUACUGCCAACAUGGAGAAAACGUGCAAGACUCAAGCCGAGCAAAUGCACUCAAAACUACACCAGGACCUUAUGGAGAUUAUGAAUUACAACAUCGAAAUGGAAAAGAAUUUGAAUUUGACGUUGCAGCACGUUUUACACCGUAGCCACGAGAUGAAUAUCAGACUGAAGAGACUCGAAGACGGCUCUAAAAUCUCACCUCGUCCUACGCUGGUGACUAAGGAAUACGACACCACCACGACGAAUAGUGGUUUAAAGGAGCAGGAAGUCGAAAAUCAAUGGCUGGACAAAGGCACGAUUGGGAAAACUCUGGUCACCAUAGCAACGGAGCUGCAGAGGAUUCAACUCCAGCUCAAAGAGGUGAUGGAGGAAAAGUGGAGGAAGGACAGAGGAGACACAUAAAGGAGAUAACUGAA